AUGGCCGCUGAAUUCUCCGAAAAGACGGCCGCUGGCACCGCCUCGCGGCCCUCCUCCUCGAGUCGCGGGGGAUCAACCGACAUAGAAACUGCUCGUCCUGGCCAUGGAACAUCGUCAGAUCACGAGAAGCUCGACCUGAAAAAGGCAGACUCCAAGGUUGUCCAGGCGCCCAAGGCCGACAACCUUGAAGACCACUUCAGGAAUCUGCCUCCUGACGAAGCCGAGAUCUUGCGCCGCCAAGUCGUGAGUCCCGAGGUCAAGCAGGGUGUCGGCGUGCUGUACCGCUACUCCUCCCGCAACGACAUCAUCAUCAUCGUUGUGUCGGCCAUUUGCGCCAUUGCAGGUGGUGCUGCCCUCCCUCUCAUGACUGUUGUCUUUGGUAGCCUCCAGGGUGUUUUCCAGGACUUCUUUGUGAACCACAAGCUGGACUACAAUGCCUUUACCGACAAGUUGGUCCACUUUGUGUUGUACUUUGUAUACCUCGGAAUCGCCGAGUUUGUCGUCGUCUGGGUCAGCACUGUGGGAUUCAUCUAUACCGGAGAGCACAUCUCAGCCAAGAUUCGUGAGCACUACCUUGAAAGCUGCAUGCGACAAAACAUUGGCUUCUUCGACAAGCUCGGCGCCGGCGAGGUCACAACUCGUAUCACCUCAGAUACCAACCUCAUCCAGGAUGGCAUUUCUGAAAAGGUUGCCCUCACUCUUUCUGCGCUCGCUACCUUCAUCUCGGCUUUCGUCAUUGGUUUCGUCAAGUAUUGGAAGUUGACAUUGAUCCUUCUUUCCACUGUUGUCGCCCUGCUGCUCAACAUGGGCGGCGGUUCCACCUUCAUCAUGAAGUAUAACAAGCAGAGUCUGGAAGCUUAUGCCCAGGGAGGUAGUCUUGCCGACGAGGUCAUCAGCUCCAUCCGAAACGCUGUCGCCUUUGGUACCCAAGAGCGGCUUGCGCGCCAAUAUGACGACCAUCUCAAGAAGGCCGAGUUCUUUGGUUUCCGUGUCAAGAGUGCCAUCGCUUGCAUGAUUGCUGGCAUGAUGAUGGUGCUUUACCUCAACUAUGGACUUGCUUUCUGGCAGGGAAGCAAGUUUCUCAUUGACGGCGAGACCUCGCUCUCCAACAUCUUGACUAUUCUCAUGGCUGUCAUGAUCGGUGCUUUCAACCUCGGAAACGUUGCGCCCAACCUUCAAGCCUUCACCAACGCUAUCGCUGCUGCUGCCAAGAUCUUCAACACCAUCGACCGUGCGUCGCCCCUUGACCCCUCGAGUGAGGAAGGUGAGAAGAUUGAGCAUCUCAAGGGCUCCAUCAGGUUGUCCAAUGUUAAGCACAUCUACCCUUCUCGACCCGAAGUGACUGUCAUGCACAAUGUUAGCCUGGAGAUACCAGCUGGCAAGGUUACUGCUCUGGUCGGUGCCUCCGGCUCUGGCAAGAGUACUAUUGUGGGUUUGGUUGAACGAUUCUACGAUCCCGUUCAGGGCACCGUGUACCUGGAUGAUCGCGACAUCUCCACGCUCAACCUUCGAUGGCUUCGUCAGCAGAUGGCCCUGGUCAGUCAGGAGCCCACCCUUUUCGGUACAACUAUCUUUCACAACAUUCGCUAUGGUCUGAUCGGCACCGCGCACGAGAACUCGAGUGAAGAGAAGCAACGGGAACUUGUUAUUGAGGCUGCCAAGAAGGCCAACGCUCAUGAUUUCGUUUCUGCCCUUCCCGAAGGAUAUGAGACCAAUGUUGGCGAGCGAGGUUUCCUCUUGUCAGGUGGUCAAAAGCAGCGUAUCGCCAUCGCUCGUGCUGUGGUUUCCGACCCCAAGAUUCUGCUCCUGGACGAAGCAACAUCGGCUCUGGAUACCAAGUCGGAGGGUGUGGUUCAGGCAGCUCUGGAGAACGCCGCUGAGGGCCGUACUACUAUCACCAUCGCUCACCGAUUGUCGACCAUCAGAGACGCUCACAAUAUUGUGGUGAUGGCGGAGGGCCGAAUUAUGGAACAAGGCACCCACAACGAUCUUCUGGAGAAGAAGGGUGCUUACUACAAGCUUGUGUCUGCCCAGAACAUUGCUGCUGUUGAUGAGAUGACUGCCGAGGAGCAAGCGGCCCUUGAUGAAGAGGAAGAGACUCUUAUCCGCAAGAUGACCUCGGAGAAGGGCGGUAUUGUCGCUGAUCCUGAUGACGAUAUCGCUGCCAAGUUGAACCGUACCACGACCACCAAGUCAGCAUCCAGCGUGGCUCUCCAGGGCCGUAAGCCUGAAGAAGAGCGAAAGUACAGCCUCUGGACGUUGAUCAAGCUCAUUGCCUCUUUCAACAAGUCCGAAUGGCAGCUGAUGCUUAUCGGUCUCUUCUUUUCUGCCAUCUGCGGUGGAGGCAACCCUACCCAAGCCGUUUUCUUUGCCAAGCAGAUCGUGGUCUUAUCCGAGCCCCUCACUGACACCAACCGCCACCACAUCAAGAAGGACUCGGACUUUUGGAGCGCCAUGUACGUGAUGCUCGCCUUCGUCCAGCUCUUCGCCUUUAUUAUCCAAGGUGUCUUGUUUGCCAAGUGUUCUGAGCGUCUCGUGCACCGAGUACGAGAUCGUGCUUUCCGAACUAUGCUCCGUCAAGAUGUGUCGUUCUUUGACCGUGAUGAGAACACUUCUGGUGCCCUCACCUCGUUCCUCUCGACGGAGACGACACACGUUGCUGGUCUGAGCGGUGUGACGCUGGGAACGCUGCUGAUGGUCUCUACGACUCUCAUUUCCGCCAUCGCCAUGUCCCUGGCCAUUGGAUGGAAGCUGUCACUGGUCUGCAUCUCGACGAUUCCCGUUCUCCUUGGUUGUGGAUUCUUCCGUUUCUGGAUGCUCGCGCACUUCCAGCGCCGGUCCAAGGCUGCCUACGAUUCGUCGGCUACAUUUGCUUCGGAGGCCAUCUCAGCUAUUCGAACCGUGGCCGCCUUGACACGCGAGGAAGAUGUCCUCAAGCAGUACCAGCAUUCGCUCGCGGUACAGCAGCGAAAGAGCUUGAUCUCGGUCAUGAAGUCGUCGUUGCUCUAUGCUGCAUCACAGUCUCUGAUCUUUGCCUGCUUGGCCCUCGGUUUCUGGUACGGUGGUACCCUGAUUGGCAAGCUGGAGUACACCAUGUUCCAGUUCUUCCUCUGCUUCAUGGCUGUCAUCUUCGGCGCACAGUCGGCGGGUACCAUCUUUUCGUUUGCCCCUGAUAUGGGCAAGGCUCAUCAGGCUGCUGGGGAGCUCAAGAAGCUGUUCGACCGACAACCUGUUGUGGACACCUGGUCGGAAAGCGGAGAGCGUCUUCCCGAAGUCGAGGGCACUCUUGAGUUCCGUGACGUCCAUUUCCGUUACCCGACCCGACCAGAGCAGCCUGUCCUGCGUGGUCUCAACCUGACGGUGCGACCAGGACAGUACAUCGCCCUUGUGGGUGCUUCUGGAUGCGGCAAGAGCACGACUAUCGCACUUCUGGAGCGGUUUUACGACCCCCUAUCUGGUGGAAUUUUCAUCGAUAACCGGGAGAUUAGUGGCCUGAACAUUAACGACUACCGUUCACACAUUGCCCUUGUUAGUCAGGAGCCAACACUUUACCAGGGAACAAUCAAGGAGAACAUUCUCCUGGGAACGUCUCGAGAGAAUGUUCCUGAUUCCGACGUCGAGUUUGCGUGCCGCGAAGCCAACAUUUACGACUUUAUCGUGUCGCUUCCCGAAGGAUUCAACACGGUUGUUGGUAGCAAGGGCACAUUGCUGUCGGGUGGUCAAAAGCAGAGAAUUGCGAUUGCCCGAGCUCUGAUCCGCGACCCCAAGAUCCUGCUUCUCGAUGAGGCAACAUCUGCGCUGGAUUCCGAGUCUGAGCACGUGGUGCAAGCUGCGCUUGAUAAGGCGGCCAAGGGUCGUACUACCAUCGCGGUUGCGCACCGUCUCAGCACGAUCCAGAAGGCGGACAUCAUCUACGUGUUUGACCAAGGUCGGAUUGUGGAGCAAGGAACGCACUCUGAGCUGAUGAAGAAGAAUGGGCGUUACGCCGAGUUGGUCAACCUGCAAAGUCUGGAGAAGCAGAAGUAA